GUUGUUUUGGCGCCAAAAAAUCAAAAAUCAAAUCCCGUUUUCGUUUUUUCUUGAAACAAAAACUCUGUUCGAUCGAUCGACACAAGACACAAGGUCACACACGCACACACGCCAAGAAACACUCAUUCAACUCAAAUGAGCGGCCGACAAGCACCGGCAUCCUCGUCUGCUGCGGCUGCUGCGGCGAUUGCUGCUCGCUACAGCUACACGGGAGGCAGCUCAGGCUCAAGCAGCGGCGCCUCAACGACGCGCACCAAACCAGUCGACCCUGGCUCUGCACGCAAGCCAAGACUGUCCCGUGAAGCGCUGGCAGAGCGUCUCGCUGCGUCGCGCGCGGCGUUGCUGGCGAAUCGAGCCAACGCAGCUCCUGCUCCUGCUCCUGCUCCUGACGAUCCACCUCCCUCAUGGAUCGCCUCGUCCUCAUCUACAAACGGCACCACUCUAGCAGCAUCCUCCGCUCUACCACCACCAAGUGCCACAAAAUCAAAAACCCAAGCCUCGAGCGCACCUACCACUCAGCUCAGUGCUGCAACAGUCGCGGCUCUGGCACGCGCGCGACUCUCGGUCCAGGCAAACGAAUCUUCCUCCUCGCGAACGUUGCCAACAUCGUCGCGGGCACCAAGACCGACGUCGCCUGCCGCGUCCGAAGCAUCCGACGUGUCGAAUGUCUCGAGCAUGUCGUUUCCCUCCAAUAGCAAUGCCGCAUCAUCGUCCGCCACGGCGCAAAUCAACCAGCGCGGCCGGGAGAUUGCGGCAAAGUAUUUAGCGCGCUCGGCUGCUGGCUCGGGCACGAGUGCCCCCUCUGCCAGCAGUGCAAAUCGACCACCAGCCGGCGCACCACCGGGGUCUGCCUCUCGAUCUCGACAGCUCUUUAUGCAGCCCACCCAAGCAUCACAGGCAUCGCAAGGCCCAAUCACCUCGUCGUCUUCUGGGUUGAAGACGCCCCAAUCCGCCCGCAAGUCUCUUGGUGCAGUGAAUGCUGGCAGUGUCAGUCUUGCUGUACCAAGCACCCCUCAAUCAGCGCGCAAGACAAGCACAGUCAGUAGCACGCCGCAGUCCGUUUCCUCUCGCUCAUCCGCAGCCAUCCUGGGUGCACGCGCGGCACCUGCGACUGGUGGAAAGGCAGUACUACCACCAUUGUCCGUGUCGCGCCCUGCUGCUGUCGCAAAGACACCCUCCAGCGCAGCACAACCAAGUUUGUCUCGUCCUCGCUCUUCGUCCAUUAGUUCUCAGUCCUAUUCCUUGCCCACAGCUUCUUCUUCCCUGUCACACCCCGCCAAAACACCCACACUCGCGUCUCGAAGCGGCUUGGGCAGUGCUGCAACCGCCAAAACACCAAAGACACCGAACUUGGACGAGUCCUCCAUGGCCAAUGCUCCCCGAUCCGCAUCGCGACGGCCUGCUUUGCCUGUCAAUCGAGCCUUGUUUGCAGGGUCGCAAACUCCGACGAGUAAUAAAGCUCCAGGAGCCGGAGCCAGAGCCACAUCAUCGUCAGCAGCAGCGGCUGGCUCAGCGCGACCAUCCAGCGCAGCCAGUCGGUCCUCUCACGCUAGCCUCCCCGUUGCACCCAUGCCGACGACGACCUCUUCUGGAAAAUUGCUCAUUACUCUCAAGAACGAAAUCGAGCUGUUGCAGUGCGAGCUGUAUCAGUGGAGCUACAUUGCGAGCGCUUCCCAGCAGGCAUUUGCUGCGCGAGAAGUUCAGGCCGAGCAACAAAUCUAUGCCCUGUGGCAGCGCGUCGAGCAAUUACGCCACGAUGUUUCCUUGCUUCGCCAACAGCUCUGGAGCAUCGAGCACACCCAGCGUGCGGAAGAGCUGGUGAUGUCUGAGCAUGAUCUCUUGAUCCAACUCGAAGCUGAGCUCUCGGAUUUCGUGAGUGCGUAUACCGCGCUUGCAAAUUCGAUUUCUGCCACAACCCAUACCAUUCCCACACGCGGUAUUCACCUGGGCAACCAAGACGACAUUGCCAUCGAGCUACGCCAAAGUGCUGCACUUUUAUCGGAACUAACGCAAAUUUCCGCGGUAGAUCAGCAACCUAUCCACGAGCUGGCCAUUCAGUCUGCCGUCUUGCACGACACAAUCACCGCCGAGGCAGACUCGUUGCGCAAGUGUCGAGAAGUAAUGGCUGCGCUCGAGUAUCUCGCUGCCGAAGAGGUUUCCUUGCGGCUUUCUGAAGUCAAGUUUACCGCGUCGUGACCUGUUCUUUGAGUCAAAGUGGAAUGAACAGCAGUUGAUGUGCGAGCAGUGCAUUGUUGUCGCUUCCCGUAACAUAACCUGGCAGCGUACAAAAUGAAUGCGCAAGCAUCGUUUACUCAGAAAAGAGUCAAAAACUGAUUAGGGAUGAGACAAUUGUGGUCAAC